AUGCAGAAAGUUCAAGUUCAGAGCAUCAUCGACAGUCUUGGCAAGCUCGUCGUUGAUGGUGUUUCAGUCUUCUCCUCCAGCUUCACCUCCUUCCUCCUCACCAGCUUGAGCAACUGCAGCACCGGCAAGUUCUCCCCAACAGGCCUGCAGCCCUGCUAUUCUUGUCCAGCUGGCAAACACUCGAGCACUAUCGGAGCCAGAAGCUGCGACAAUUGUUCCUUGGGCUACUUCUCAGCAGCAGGGGCUGCUCUGUGUCUGCCCUGCCCCACAGGGUCCUAUAGCGAUGUUGAGGGAGCGUCUUUCUGCUCCCUCUGCCCCUCCAACCUUCCUCGAACGCUGUCCGAGGGCACGAUCUCAGAGCUUGACUGUACCGUAUCCUGCAGUGAAGGCACUGCCGGCCCAUUCCGCACCGAGGUACCUUGCCAAACCUGCGAGCCCGGCAAGUACACGGACACUCAAAACUUGAAGGCCUGCAAAGUUUGUCCAAUCUCAACGUACCAACCCUUGAACGGGUCCAGCUCUUGCCUUGCAUGCCCCGCAAACUACAGCACGGCGUUCAACUCCUCCACGUCUCCGGAGCAGUGCUUGAGGAUUUGUUCUGUUGGGGAGUACGGGCCCUACGGGCUGGCUGAGAACGGCACCUGCUCCUCCUGCGAACCCGGAAAGUUCACCAACACCACUCGAUCUCUCUCUUGCCAAGAUUCCUGCACAUCCUGCCAGGUCGGCAAGACUUCAUCUGAGAAUCGAACCUUAUGCGAAGCUUGUCCCGUCGGCAAGUUCGGAGUGGAGGAGCAGGGGAACGUGUCUUGCGCUGCCUGUCCUUCGGGGAGAUACCAGGACAAGGAGGGGCAGGUGGAGUGCGUUCCUUGUCCAGCUGGCAGCUACGGGAAUGACACCCAGCAGACGGCCUGCUACACGUGCCCAGCAGGUCUCACAACACAGACGUCAGGGGCGGCGAGUACCAACUCCAGCCUCUGUCUCCUCUGCCCCCUCGGCUACUACAACGAUCAGCACUCCCAGCUGGCCUGUACAUCUUGUCCAGCUGGAACUUUUUCGGAUGAGCUGGGAACGACUUCAUGCUCUGUUUGCCAACCAGGAUUUUACUGCCCCGACGCGGCGAGGAGCAACGAGACUUGCUCUUCCUGUCCAGCCGGUCAGUUCUCCAACAUCACCAGAGCCUCUUUCUGCUUCUCCUGCUCCCCGGGAGCUUACAGCCAAGUCCCUGGCAGCUCAUCCUGUCAACUCUGCCCAUCAGGCUCAUCACAGUCCGAGUCUGGAACCUCCUCCUGCUCCCUCUGCCCUAAGGGGAAGUUUGCAAACACAGAAGGAACCGAGGUCUGCUCAGACUGCCCAGCUGGAACAUUCUCAGACCAGCUGGGCUCCAGAGUCUGCACCCCGUGCGGGUCUGGAAGGUAC